UUUAAAUGAUUUGCUCUUAUUGCUGGGGCGCUCUGCAGUCAUGUCAUUCCAGUGACCGGCGCCUACGUGUACCGUCGUGAUGUUCGACCGGGAGCGGGGCUGGAACCUGUCCUUCGCCGGCUGUGGCUUCCUCGGCGUCUAUCAUGUCGGGGUGUCCAGCUGUCUGCAGGAGAAGGCGCCUUACCUGAUCACUGAGGCCACCAAGAUCUAUGGAGCAUCUGCCGGAGCCCUGAACGCAGCUGCGCUGGUGUGUGGCUCCUGUAUGGCACAAUGUUGUUCAGAUGUGAUGGACGUGGCUAAGGAAGCCAGGAAAAGAAAUCUGGGACCGAUGCAUCCUUCCUUUAACUUGGUCAAGAUACUGAAGAAUGGCCUGUACCGAAACCUCCCUGAAAAUGCACAUGAGUUGGCAUCGGGCAGACUAUGCAUAUCCCUCACUCGGGUCUCAGAUGGUGAGAAUGUGCUGGUGUCUGAGUUUGGCUCUAAAGAGGAGCUAAUUCAGGCUUUAAUAUGCAGCUCCUUUGUCCCCAUUUACUGUGGGAUCAUCCCUCCAACAUUCAGAGGAGUGCGUUAUGUUGAUGGUGGUAUUAGCAAUAAUUUGCCUGAAUAUGAGUUGAAGAACACCAUCACAAUCUCUCCAUUCUCUGGGGAAUCUGAUAUCUGCCCGAGAGACAACUCUACCAACUUUCAUGAGCUGAGGGUGACCAACACCAGCAUCCAGUUCAGCCUUGCCAAUCUUUACAGAUUAACACGUGCCCUCUUCCCGCCUGAACCUAAAAUUCUGGGAGAGAUGUGUCAACAGGGCUACAAUGAUGCACUUAGAUUCCUAAAAGACAACAAGCUUUUGAUAUUACCUUCACCCCAGUGUGAUCUGCAGUUAAAGCAGGGAGUUUCAGCCACUCCUUGCAGCAGCCCAGAGUGUACCAUGGUCCGAUCAAAGAAAGAGGAAAAGAAGGAAGGCGAUGAGACAACCCUGCUGAAGAAAGUGUGCUGGCCUCUAGAUAAGAGGAUAAUGGAAAAGCUGCCCCCCACAUUGCUGAAUGCUUUACAAGAAGCCUGCAAGGAGAAGGAAGGACUGUACAAUCAGAUCACCAGCCUCUUGCCGUUGCGGGUGGCUUCCUAUAUGGCUCUGCCUUGUACUCUGCCUGUGGAAUCUGCAUACUCUUUAGCUUUAAGGUUGGUAGACUGGUUCCCUGAUAUCCCGGAUGAUGUUCGUUGGAUGCAACAGUUGAUGCGUGCUGUGGCUGGAACUGUCUUUUACCAGGCGAGGAAAAGGCUGCUCCCAGUAAGGCCACCAGUUCGCGGCACCUUAAGGAAGUGUCUGAGCCUCCCAUCUCCAUUCCAGCAGCCUUCCUCCUAUCUGCCUCCUAAUAAUUACUCUUCCAUGGACCUGGAAAGCUGGGUGUUUGAUUUCUCCUCACCUAUGAAUUUAAACUCUGCUGUAUGCGUGCCAGAAUGUGGGUACCCUGCAUGUUUCGGUUCUGAUGACUCAGGAGUGGAAAUGAGCCUCUCUUUUGAAGAUGCAGAUUCUUUAGAAGUAGGUUUCUAGGUUUUACUGGAAAUAAAAUUCAUCUCGCAUGGUGCUGGGAUCUCAGGAAAGAAACUAUUGUGCAUGCCUACAUAUGAGGAAGAAGUACAUUCUGCGAUAUCAUUGGUGACCUUCCUGCUGGGACCCAUCUACUAUGGUGCAAGACCGUGUCUUAACAGCACUUGAAGUUCCUACACCUUCUUCCAAAAACAGCACCACAGCUGUCCACAGGUUUUGUGUGAUAUUGCAGCUUAGUCCAUUGAACCAAAUUGAACUGAGCUGCAAUACCACACACAGCCUGUAGUGGGUGCAGUGCUGUUUGGUAGAAAGCUGCCAUGUUUUUCUAUUCCCGUACAACCUCUUUAGGUAACCAUCUUUUGAAAGUCCUUUUCUUGAUUGGCAAGCCCUAUGCUAUGCUUCAUAUAGGGACCAAUUAACUGGAUGAGAACAUCUAUUGUCUUUGCUAGACCCUGAAAAAUCUGUGAUCAUCUACAAUUGAGGCCUUUACAGUGUCAUGAAUUUGACCCGCAAAGGUAUCCCAUCCCUUAAAGGGGUUGUCUGAGAUUAUGAACAACACCACCACUUAUGUCUAUGGUUUGUGUCUAGUAUUGUGUCUAUAGUAGAAUGGGGCUAAGCUGCAAUACUGGACACAGUUUUAGGACAAUAGUGGCACUAUUUUUUGUGAGAAUUUCCGAACCUUGAAUAAGUUUAUAUUAAACAAGUGUUUUUUGUUGUUUUUUUCCCUCCACACAUCCCUGGGAACACUUCUAUUAGAUUCCAUACGUGUUCAUGUCACAUCUUGCUGUGGUGUUGUGAUGGUAAACUUGUAAAUAAUCUAAAUUGUAUUUUAAUGAUCAAAGCGAAAAAAGAGAAAAAAGUUUGUUUUAUUAUUGUACAAUAUAUUUUUAGUACCUGUGAUUUAUAGCACUUUUAUGAACUCAGAACAACUCCUGACACUUGGUGCGCACCACAAACGUUCCUGCAAUGUGUAUAAUGUGAUGGAAAUGUGUAUUUAUUAUGGUAUCAAUGUCCGUGGACAACCUGUAGUGUCUCAGUCUUUGAAUAUCUUUGGACCUCCUAUAUCAGAAUGGUCUUGGACAAAAUAUUUUACUUGUUGACCAUGGGCGACAUGACCUUGGUUGUUUGAAGAGUUUUUACAGCGCCACUCUUGACCACAGGUUGUGUGUGAUGUUACAGCUCAGCUCCAUUUACUUCAGCGCUGUUGAGCUUUAAUACCAGGGACAAUCCAUGGACCUGUGUGACACUGUUCUAGAAGAAAGUGGCCAUAUAUUUUUUUAACCCUGUACAACCAUUUAAGACAAGUGAUGCUCUGGGCCUGGAAGGACAUCCGUUCUCAAGAACCUAUAGCUCUACAGAUUGCCCCUAGUGGUGCUAGAAUAUUAAAGAUAAUGGGUUGUGCAUUUGAAACUUAAAAACAUGGGGGAACACUCAGAACAGAAUAUGUUUAGGCUUUGAGAUGUUGUAUUGGAUACUCAAAAUGUGGACGCAAUCGGACCAUUUCACAAACAACUUCAUUAUUAUGGAUCAUUUAUGACCACCUACCACUAGCACAUAAUGAUGGCUGCCAUACAAUACAGUAAUGAUGUUUUCAUUAGGCCAUCUCUAUUAGUUGGGCACCGUGUACCUCCUUAAUGACUGUAGUCUCCCACCUUGUUUAGUAGAUAGUUAUAUCCAUCAGCUACACGCAAUAGUCAUGUUGUGGACAGUGGUGAUGACGGAGAUGGCAAGUUCCAUUCAGUCUUUAGCAUUGUCCUUGACUAUAUACAGUCCCAAUAUUCUCCAAACAUGCAGUGCUUGGUGUCUCUACCCUCAUGACAGUCAUGUCAUUAAAUGCCCAAAAUGCAUCCUGCGUUCCUUGGUGCAUGUAUCUGUCUCUUGGUUAUCACUUGGUUAUUAUUUUUUUUUUUUACUUGUAUACAAGUGCAAUUUGAUCCAUGCAUAAACACUAACCAAGAGGCUGUAUCUAUAUUGAAAUGUACCCUCCAACAACUUUGACAAAAUUUGAGGUGACUUAAAGUGGUUGUAUGAGGCUAGAAAAACAUGGCUGCCAUCUUUCAAAAACUGUGCCACUCUUCCAUGACUGUGCCAGAUAUUAGAGCUCAGUCCAAUUCGACCCUUUUUUUGCAAUUUCAUACAAGCCCUUGUGUUUAUUUUUAUUUUUGAGAGGCCUUUUAUUUUUGCAAAAUAUCUUAAUUAUUGCUGCCUUAAAUAAUAUGACGGGUGCUGCACAUUUACUUAAAGCAUAACAGUCGCUGCCAUAGAGAAUGGCCAGCCACCAAGCCUUCCAGUUUACAAGGUACCAAUGACUUGACGGAUAUAUAAGGCACCAAGUACCUCACUCAGUUAGUAGCUACCUCCAUGGUGGUGGACAGGAGUAUGCUUUCACCAGCAUGUAGGUGACUUGUGGUACAUUUCUAUUUGUACGUAUUUUACUUUUCUGGACUUGUAUAAAAUGUAUCACUUCAUUAUAAGUCUGUUUCAUUAUUUGGACCUCAGUUUUACUCUGUUUACUCUAUUUGGACCUCAAUUUACUUUUAAAUUUGCACAUUUGUUGAUGACAUGUGGUUUGUGCUACCAUCUUGGGUUUAUUUCCUUCAGUUUACAUGUCGUCUUUUUCAUGUUGUAUUAUCUAUUGACAAAUGGUGGAUUUUGUUUUAGAUGACCACUGUGA